CCUGCCCUGGGGGAUUCCACAGCCUCCCUUGGAAAGCUGGCCCAGUUCUCAGCUAUCCUGAUCGCUAGGACGUUUUUCCUAGUAUUUCACCUAAAUCUCACUUGCUGCAGAUUAGGCCCAUUACUUCUUAUCCUACUCUUAAUUAGACACAGAGAACAAGUGAUCCCUCACCUUCUAACAGCCUUUUCCAUAUCCGAUGAUUGUUAGCUUCCCCCACUCAGUCUCUUCAGACUAAAGAUCCCCAGUGUUUUUAACCUUUUCUCAUAGAUCAGGUUUUUUAACCCUUCUGUCGUUUUUGUUGCUCUUCUUUGGACUCUCUCCAUUUUGUUCACAUAUUUCCUAAAAUGUGGUACCCAAAACUGGACCCAGUACUCCAGCGGAGGCCUCACCAGUGCAGAGUAGACUGAGCCAGUUACCACCCCAGUCUUGCGUCUAAUGCUGACAGCAGUCUACACUAAUUGAAACUGCCUUUGGAAGUUAAUCCAUGCAGAGGGUGUUUCCAGGGGGAAGGUGACAAAGACACAGAUGUCUGACUGCCUUCAUGACCAAAGAAACAGGGUACCUAGGCAAUUGAAGAGUCAGUGGGCAGGGUUUGCAACACUAACACUCCUGCUGCCUGGACAUCCAGAAACAAACACAGAUUUCGGAUGGCAAGGAACUUUGACAGUACAUCUGAUUAUUUUUUUCCCAAAAGUUUCUAAAUAUGGCUGACGAGCUGAAAAGAUUUCUGUACAAAAAAUUACCAAGUGUUGAAGGUCUUCAUGCUAUUUUAGUGUCAGACAGAGAUGGUGUGCCUGUUAUCAAAGUUGCCAAUGAUAAUGCUCCAGAGCAUGCGCUUAGACCUGGUUUCUUGUCCACCUUUGCACUUGCAACAGACCAGGGCAGCAAACUAGGGCUUUCAAAAAACAAGAGUAUCAUCUGUUACUACAACACAUACCAGGUGGUCCAGUUCAAUCGGUUACCUUUGGUAGUAAGUUUCAUUGCUAGCAGCAAUGCCAACACCGGAUUGAUCGUCAGCUUAGAGAAGGAGCUUGCUCCCUUGUUUGAAGAGUUGAGGCAGGUUGUAGAGGUUUCUUAACCUGAUGAUGUCAUCAAAGUGCGGCAUCUCUUCGCUACCCAGUGGGACAUAAAGAUUCAAUAAUUCUCAGCCCACAAAAUACCAAAUGUUUGAGAGGAAAUAUCACUUCCCCAUAUUGUACUCAAAGAGAUUAAACUUGUGCAUAGUGCUCAAUCGGAAAUGAGAUACUAGUGUGUUGUAGACAGACUCUUUCGCCACGUGUCUUGUGUUGUGCAGUGCUGGAGAGACCACCAAAUGGCUCCAGUGGAGCCCUUACUAAGGAUCAGGUUUAACAGAGUUGACCAGUAGCCGCAUACUGCCGGUCCAGAUAAGUGACCCACAGCUGCCUUGCUGUACAGGGAAUGAAGCAUUGAGUAGGGUUUACCUAACUCUGACUAGCCACCACUACAUAGUGGGGAAGUAGAAUUAAUUUUCAUUGUCCUGUAAUGAAUGCUUCAUUGCUUGUGCUAGGAAAAAGAGAACAUAUGCUGGCAGUCCUAGCAGUACAAUCAAUAACUAUCCCAUGGUGAUUUUUUUGUGAUGCGUUGGUAAAGGAAUACUACUAAUCUGAAUGUGAGCUUCCUUGGUACAGGAGAAGGAUGCUGCUAUUUCUAUAUAAGUUACAGCUUCAAGCGUUUUCCUUAUUACUGGGUACAAGUACCCAAUCGGUGUUGCACUUUCUUGUAUUUCUUUUGUACAGUGUAGGUGUGAUACCCAGGAUUGUCUUUUGUUCUGGUAUUUGUGGCUAUGUUAGUGGUAACACUUGACCUGCUCAUUUAUGUUUAGGUUUUCCUAAGUAAAUGUCUAAAUAAAACAGUAUUUUUUAAAAA